CCAAGCGAUCCGGUACGGGUUAGCACCACAUCAGUCGGUUACGUGAGUAGUCUCCGUCUUAGUAUAAAGGGCGGUGACGGAAACACAAUAGAGCGCGGUCUCUACCCGAUACGUCUAAUCUUAGAAAUUACUUAAAGAAUAAACUCUCCCCAUAAUAAAGCUAUGGAAGAGUACAACUCAAUCUACCCGAACGUACCCCGAGGGGUCAGCCCCUCGGGUGAUAACUUCAGACUCCAAAAGAUCCACGAUGUUUUGGGAAGUUUGGAGCAGGAAGUUAAACAUUACAAGAACGUGAGGAAAAAGUAUAAACGAGCGCAUAGCAUGUUUUCAAAGACCUGCGAUCGGAGAGCAAAUUAGUCACUUCUUCACGCCACAGAGUAGAUCAGGGAGCGAAACGGAAACGACGAGGCGAUCACAAAGAACAUCACCAUGGGCUGUGCUUCAUCGCUAGCCACUCAAACGAAACUUCUGAAGGGACAUCUACCAACUUGCGAGACGCAAUAUUUGACAAAAGUUGAUCAACUUCCGUUGACAGAGACGCAGAAAUAUUAUAUCAAGCAGUCUUGGAUGGGGCUAGAGAGUAAUAAAGGGGAACUUGGGAUUGAGAUUUUUCUAAGAUUAUUCUCAGAGAAUCCUACAUUGCAACUGAUGUUUCCGGAAUUCAGGGAAUACUCCACAUUAGAGGAACUGAAGGAAAGCCGGAGCCUACAGGGACACACAAAACGCGUGAUGAAAGUGGUGGAGAACGCGGUUAACAGCCUCGAGGAUGGACACGCCCUAAUGGAGUAUCUACAAGAACUGGGCCGACGACACAAGACCAGGCAGAUCAAGCCAACAGUGUCCAACCUUCAGGAAAUCUCCCAGGCAAUAAACGAAACAUUCGAAGAAAAUCUCGGAAUUAAAUGGACUGUGGAAAUAGCGGAAUCAUGGAAACUUCUUUUGGACUAUGUGAUGGCGAUGAUCAUCCGGGGACUACGAUCGCCUUAAUCACGUGACAAGAGAUGACAUAAGCUAACUAAUGUGCCAGAUGAUUAGGGUGAAAUUCUCUUUGGCCUGGUUCCCAAGCAAUAAAUCUUCUAGUCUGGAGGCAAGAGAUGCACA